AUGGCGGAAGAGGAGGUGGCCAAGCUGCAGAAGCACCUGGCCCUGCUGAGGCAGGAGUAUGUUAAGAUGCAGCAGAGGCUGGCCGACACGGAGAGGCGCUGCGCCAUGCUUGCCGCGCAGACUUCCAGCCCGGCUUCCCCCAGCUCUGCAGACGCCGACACCUUCAUCAGCCGCCUGCUGGAAUUUGUGGCCAACCUCUAUCAGCAGGAACACUACAGCGACGUGAAGGUGAAAGUGGCGGGGGAUCAGUACUGUGCCCAUAAGUUUGUGCUGGCUGCUCGCAGUGAUACCUGGAGCUUGGCCAACCUGGCAUCCACCACUGAACUGGACCUUACUGAUUGCAAAGCUGAGGUGGCUCUGGCCAUGCUGCAUUGGGUCUACACAGACCAGCUGGAACUCAGCAGGGAUGAUGCUUUCCUCGUUGACCUGAUGAAGCUAGCCAACCGCUUUCAGCUCCACCUGCUCAGAGAACGGUGUGAAAAAGGUGUGAUGUCAUCUGUAAAUGUGAGGAACUGCAUUCGAUUCUACCAAACGGCUGAGGAGCUAAACGCCACCACUCUAAUGAACUACUGUGGGGAGAUCAUCGCCAGUCACUGGGAUGAUCUGCGGAAGGAGGACUUCAGUACCAUGAGUGCCCAACUUUUGUACAAGAUGAUCAAAUCGAAAACAGAGUACCCUCUCCACAAAGCCAUCAAAGUCGAGCGUGAAGACGUGGUCUUUUUGUAUCUCAUAGAGAUGGAUUCACAGCUACCAAGGAAGCUAAACGAGCUGGACAGUAACGGGGACCUCGCUCUGGACCUGGCGCUUUCCAGGAAGCUGGAAGGCAUCGCCACGACUUUGGUCAACAACAAGGCUGAUGUGGACAUGGUGGAUCAGAGCGGCUGGAGCCUCCUACAUAAGGCUAUCCAGAGAGGGGAUGAGUUUGCCUCCAUCUUCCUGAUUCGCCACUCCGCUCAGGUGAACGCGGCCACAGUGGGGGCCGUGGAAACCCCUCUGCAUUUAGUCUGCUCCUUCAGUCCCAAGAAACACAGCGCAGAGACGAUGAGCAGCAUGGCGCGGAUCGCAGAGGCUCUGCUCAAAGCCGGGGCCAACCCCAACAUGCAGAACAGCAAAGGCAGGACUCCGCUGCAUGAGGCCGUGGCAUCGGGAAACGAGGCGGUGUUCAACCAGCUGCUGCAGUGCAAACAACUUGACCUGGAACUGAAAGACCACGAGGGCAGCACAGCUCUGUGGCUGGGUCUGCAGCACAUCACCAUGUCCUCAGACCUCUCUGUGAACCCAUUCGAAGACGACGCCCCGGUCUUAAACGGGACCUCAUUCAAUGAGAACGGCUUCGCAGCUCAGCUCAUCAAGAGAGGAAGUAAUCCUGACGCGCCCGACGCUGCCACAGGAAACUGUCUUAUGCAAAGAGCAGCUCGCGCCGGCAAUGAGGCUGCGGCUCUUUUCUUAGCAACCCAUGGGGCAAAGGUCAACCACAUCAAUAAAUGGGGAGAGAGCCCGCUUCACACGGCAUGUCGCUCGGGCCUGGCAGGCCUGACUGCCGAGCUGCUCCAGCAAGGUGCCAACCCUAACCUGCAGACCCAGAAGGCUCUGCCUGAGGACGGCCAGGGCGUGGCUCUGCAGACGCCACUCCACAUGGCCAUCGCCCACAACCACCCAGACGUCGUCUCCGUCAUUUUGGAACAAAAAGCUAAUGCACUUCACGCAACCAACAACCUCCAGAUCAUUCCAGACUUCAGUCUAAAAGACUCCAUGGACCAGACGGUUCUGGGUCUGGCUCUCUGGACGGGUAUGCACACUAUUGCGGCCCAGCUGCUGGGUUCUGGGGCCUCGAUCAACGACACUAUGUCCAACGGACAAACUCUGCUCCACAUGGCCAUCCAAAGACAGGACAGCAAGAGCGCCCUCUUUCUCCUGGAACAUCAGGCAGACAUCAAUGUCAGAACACAAGAGGGACAAACGGCACUACAGCUGGCCAUCAGCAACCAGCUGCCGCUCGUGGUAGACGCCAUUUGCACCAGAGGGGCUGACAUGACGAUUCCAGAUGAAAAAGGGGAUCCUCCGUUAUGGCUGGCUCUGGAGAAUGGCCUGGAAGAUAUUGCAUCCACGCUGGUACGUCAUGGCUGCGAUGCCACCUGUUGGAGUCAGGGCCCCUCUGGCUGCAUGCAGACGCUCCUGCACCGAGCCGUGGACGAGAACAAUGAGGUCUCUGCUUGCUUCCUCAUCCGCAGUGGGUGUGAUGUAAACAGCCCAAGGCGACCUGGUCCUAAUGGAGAAGGAGACGAAGAAGCCAGAGAUGGACAAUCGCCCCUCCACCUGGCGAGCAGCUGGGGUCUGGAGGACGUGGUGCAGUGCCUUUUGGAGUUUGGAGCUAAUGUCAAUGCACAAGAUGCAGAGGGCAGAGCUCCCAUCCACGCUGCUAUUAGCAACCAGCACAACGUCAUCAUCCAGCUCCUCAUUUCCCAUCCAGACAUUCGGCUCAACCUCCGCGAUCGCCAAGGAAUGACACCGUUUGCCUGCGCCAUGACGCACAAAAACAACAAAGCUGCUGAAGCCAUCCUAAAGCGGGAGCCAGGUGCUGCUGAGCAGGUGGACAACAAAGGGAGGAACUUCCUCCACGUAGCUGUUCAAAACUCGGACAUCGAAAGCGUCCUGUUCCUCAUCAGCGUCCAAGCCAAUGUCAACUCCAGAGUUCAGGACUCUGCCAAACUCACGCCUCUUCACCUGGCCGUGCAGACUGGCUCCGAGAUCAUCGUCCGCAACCUGCUUCUUGCAGGAGCCAAAGUUAACGAGCUGACCAAGCACAGGCAGACGGCGCUGCACCUGGCUGCCCAGCAGGACCAGGCCACUAUUUGCUCCGUACUGCUGGAGAACGGCAUCGAUUUUGCUGCUGAGGAUGAAAAUGGCAACAACGCUCUGCAUCUGGCUGUGAUGCAGGGCCGCCUUAACAAUGUCAGAACCCUUCUCACAGAGUCCAACGUUGAUGCCGAGGCCUUCAAUCUCAGGGGUCAGUCACUGAUGCACGUGCUGGGCCAUUAUGGUAAAGAGAACGCGGCAGCCAUCUUUGAGUUAUUCCUGGAGUGUAUGCCAGAAUAUCCUCUAGACAAGCCAGAUGGAGACGGGAAUGCUGUUCUGCUUCUGGCCUACAUGAAAGGGAACGCCAACCUGUGCCGCGCCAUUGUGAGGGCCGGGGCCCGCCUGGGGGUCACAAACAAUCAGGGCAUCAAUAUUUUCAACUACCAAGUUGCAACAAAGCAAUUGCUUUUCCGCCUUCUAGAUAUGCUGUCCAAAGAGCCCCCUUGGUGUGAUGGGUCCAACUGCUAUGAAUGCAACGCCAAGUUUGGCGUUACGACACGGAAACAUCACUGCCGCCAUUGUGGGCGCCUGUUGUGCCACAAGUGCUCUAUAAAGGAGAUUCCAAUCAUCAAGUUUGACCUGAACAAGCCAGUCCGAGUGUGCGACAUCUGCUUCGACGUACUGACUCUGGGCGGGGUGUCCUAAUGCCACGACCGGCAACUCUUCCAUCGGCCAUGGCCGACUCGCCACUGCUAUUCAGGAACACCAGGAGAACGGACACCAGAAGCAGGAGAUUCUAAGGACCUCCAUCUUUCUACUACUCCGGCCUACGAGGAAAAGCUAUUAAUCUUCUAGAGGGAAACGUUUUCUGUUUGUCGGCUUCAAUCAAAGCAUCUUAAGGCAGAUAUGAGCAGCUCCACCAGCAGCAGGAUGGAGUUUCUCAACAUCAGUGAUGUUUUUGCUCCUGUUAUUACAGGCAGAAAUCUGGAUCCUCCCAAAGCAGAACCACACAGCAUUAUGAAAUGAAUAAUUUAUAUAGAUUUAAUGAUUCAUGCAGUAAUCUGUCACAUUCUUAUGAUUUUCUAAUAACUGACCCAAACAAAGAAUUAAGGUUAUUAAAACAAACUGAAUUAAACAGAAGUGCUUUCAUAGUUGUUCCAGCAAAGAACAUGUUGAGUAAAUGGAAAUUUGAAAACCAUGCCAUCCAGAAAUGAAAGAAAAAUGGGAAAACUUCUAAAUAUCAAUGUUUUUAUAGUAUCUUUGAUUUUUUUCCUCAUUCUUUUUUUUGAGAUUGCGUUCUUUUCACGCUGUGUUUUGGUUUUGCAGAUUCUUUUCACUUUAAGCCCAAUUGGAAAGAUGGCUACUUAACCAAUGAGAUUGCAGCUCCUCACUGCAGAACAAACAUCCUGGAGAGAAUGUGAUCCGUAAAAUGCAAUCUGAAAAAGAGAAAUUUGGAAAAAUAACAUUAAAAUUUUUUUAAUAAACAUUUAGAAAAAAUAAAAUCGUAUUAGGUUUACAAAGUUUUUUUUUUUUUUUUUUUUUUUCAAAUUUCCAUUUAUAAAACAUGUUUGCCUCCAGCUGUAAAAUAAUCUUUCAUCCACUAAAAUAAUGAAGAACCUGCCAGCUAAAUUCAUCUCAUGUUUAUGCAAACAGUUUAUUUUGUAGCCUUCAUACAUCAAUUAUAUCUUAAAUCAUGUUUCAAAAAGGCUCACUAAUUAACAUUCCUUUUUUUUUUUAACCAACCAUGAUGUGCUCAUUCCUACCUGUAACCAUGGCGACCCAUCCCAUUUGGUGCACUUUAUCAGGAGCAUUUCAGAUCACUGAGGGAUGUGGACUAAGAGGAACAGCCGAGUGGAGCGGCCUCUUCAACUAUUGUUCAAUUGUACAGAUAAAUGUGUGAUAUUUUUUGACCACUACAACUGUUUUGUACUUAAAUGCAGUUUGUGCUUGUCAUUGUGACAAACCUAAAAAGAAAAAAAAAUGAUUUCGCCUCUGUUAAUCUUUUAUGCACAUUGUUUAAUCUUUUAUGCACAUUGUAUCGUAUCUGUACGCUCAGAUAUCUAGCCUGUCUCUUCCUGGUGUAUUCUUUUAGAGAAAGGGAGGACAACUUUACAUAAAGGUCAUCGACAAACUG